AUGGACUAUGAGGCGAAUGACUCGCGUCAGGGCUCGCGAAGGUCCAUUACGCCUACUCCGACUACAACUGCAGCGGCGCGAAACAAAAAGCGCAAGCUUGAAUCCUCUCCGUCGACCGCGUCCGCUCAGCCAUCAUCUUCGAAGGCAGCUGUAACGAGAGCCUCCUCGAAAUCGACUAGAAUCCUGAGAUCCAACGCAUCUCAGGGUAACGCGACUGACGACAGCACUGAGUCUCACACGAGCGAGGCUUCGACCGACAAUGGCUCGCUGUCUAGCUCGGCCUAUGCCGAAGAUGACGAAGACAUGGAGCGGCAGAGCGCACCCACAGCCGCGACGAUGGAGUCCUUGCGUUGGGAGAUCGUGACUACCGGUCACAAGACGCCGACGGCCGCCCACGGCAACGAAGUGACGAUCUUAUACAAGUUUCUCGUCGACAGCAAUCUGAUUGGACGCGCAUCGAAGCAGAAGUUUGCCAUUGGCGAUGGGUCGUUCGCAUUGCAGAACGCCGAGAUCUUCUAUGGCGCCACUCCAGGACAAGUUCGCCACGUCUUCGUCCCUGUAGAGAUGGCGAGGCAGGUGGAUUUAUUGAGGGAUCAUGUACAGGAGACCUCGACCGUGAUACUAGAAUUUACCGUGCUUGCUGUGGCUCCGACCACCUCACAUUAG